GAGGAAUCUCUAGUUAUGUGGGACAGCAGGGAGCAGCAGGGAGAAGCCUCCAAGUUUGCCUGGACCAAGCCAUGCAGGAUAUCCCCAGAGCCAGGCACCACCUCACACCUGUCUACCUCGGAGCCACCGCUGGCAUGAGGCUCCUCAAGGAGCCAUCAUUGGGAGGCAUGAGGCACUACUUCGGGACCUUUUGGAAGGGCUUCGUUCCCUGACGGAACGCCUUGGAUGGAGGCGGCUCAGACUACUGCAAGUACAUCAUAACUCCCGUAGUGUGGCAGACUUCGCAGUAGAUUUUCAAACAUUGGCCGCCGAGAGUUCCUGGAAUACGGAGGUUCUGUUCGGCACCUUCCUCCACGGACUGUCGGAGGGGAUAAAGGACGAGCUCGGGAAAUACCACUGGAUCUCGAUUCUCUCAUUGCCCCUUUCGAUUAGGAUUGAGGGCGCCUACGAGAACGGCGGUGUGAGAUGAGGUCGGGCCUCGGGAACACUUGUUCAUUUGUUGAUGUUGGUGCAUGCCCUAAGGAAUCCGAAAAUCCUAGACGUGUGUAUUUCCGAGGAGAGCCGAAAACACCCAACAAGAAUCAUUGGCGAUGGUAUCUCCAGCCCUGUCCAGUCAGCCCAGGUUUUACAGGAAGUGGGUCAUAAAAUCCAGUCAUAUCCAUUUAACUACCAGGGGGCAGCCAUCUUAAGUGGCCAGGAGGAGGGAGCAUACGGCUGGGUCACUGUCAACUAUCUCUUGGAGAACUUCAUCAAGUAUGGCUUUGUGGGCCGUUGGCUGAGCCCGGGCAGACAGACGGUGGGGGCGCUGGACUUUGGUGGGGCGUCGACCCAGAUCACCUUUGUGACCAAGGAUGAGGUGGAAGAUGAGAGUGACAGGGUGAAGCUACGUCUGUAUGGCCAUGACUACUCCCUGUACACACACAGCUUCCUGUGCUACGGACAAGACCAGGUCCUCAAACGCCUACUGGCUCACCUGGUGACGACUCAGGGUCACACAGGGACAGUGGCCCAUCCGUGCUUCCCUGCAGGCUACAUUGUCACCAUGAAGCUGGGGACAUUGUUUGACUCUCCCUGCACGGUGGCCCAGACACCCAGCUAUAGUUACAAUCCCCAGGCAGCCCUGUCUGUGAAGGGCACUGGCGAUUAUGAUCAUUGCCUGGGCAAUAUUACUGAGAUAUUUUCCUUCCACAGCUGCCCCUUCUCCCAGUGCUCCUUUGAUAAGGUGUUCCAGCCCAAUAUCAGUGGCAGCUUCAUGGCGUUCUCUGCCUUCUUCUACAUUCACCAGUUCCUACAGACUACUACAGGAAUCCCUGUCACCACCCCUGCCCAACUGGAAGAGGCAGCCCAAUCUAUCUGUAACAUGAGCAUCAAUGAGAUGUUGGUGCUGGCCCCAGAUCAGGAGCCUCGUCUGCAGGACUUCUGUGCUGCCUCUGUGUUCACCAAGGUGCUCUUCACGAGAGGCUAUGGCUUUGAUGAGAUCUCAUUUCCCCACAUUUCCUUCCAGAAAAAGGCAGGGGAUGCCUCUGUGGGCUGGGCCCUGGGCUACAUGCUCAGUCUGAGCAGUCUGCUGCCGGGGGAGAGUGUGGGCCUGAGGAAGGCCCUGAAACCUGGAGCCUGGGCUGCCCUGCUCUUCCUCUUAGUCCUUCUCCCCGCCACCGCCCUGAUGUAUGUUUCCCUCCAAGCCUGCCGCAGGAAGAAGAAAGGAAGCAGUGACACUGCCAGCUAAUCAUCAUAAGGGACUUCCAAUGACACCUGCUUUCACUUUGUUUGGAGGAAAGAUGGCAAACUCUUUGUAAGGGUGCUGGUGGUACAAUCCUGGACCCAAGAGUGCGUAGAUAACUGUAUCAUGAAGAAGAUAUAAUGUUGUAUAAAGUGUUGAUCAUCUUUACACUGAGAUAUAACAAGUGAGUUCUCCCCGGCUGUCAACACAUUUAAUAUAUCCUUUUUUUUAUGUAUACUUUAACAAACAGUUUUUUUUAUGGACAAGUAUGCAUUGUAGUCUAUAAUUAAUGUUCAACAUCACUCUCACAACAUGUUACCCAACAUUUAAGUAUAAUUUGUUUGUGCUUUAUAUUCAUUCUGUAUUUUGUAUUCUGAUAACAAAAAAUCAACUAUGUCUUGUACAUGGAGUGGCCUUUUCAGAAUAUAUGUUAGUAUUCAUGUGUUUCAUACGUCAUAUUGACUACAACUGACUAAAACUAUAAGUACCAUCA